GGGAAAUAAACACAACAUUUUUUACGAAGAUGUUUUGAGAUGAAGUACUCCAUUCAGGUUGAAAGUGAAUAAACGCUACCAAUAUGAAGAGUGUUUUCGUCCUUGCUGACAAAGCCUGGGCAGGUUCUAACCUGCUGUAUAAGUGGCAGAAAAGUCUUGGUAAUUACAUCGCUGUUGCUGGACAGGACAACACAGUAAAAAUAUUUGAUCGCCAUGGGCACAAGUGGACUGAACUGACCCUUCCAGGGCGCUGUAUGGGAAUGGACUGGGAUAAAGAUGGGGAUAUUUUGGCAGUAAUAGCAGCAAAAUCCAGCUCCAUCUACCUCUGGGAUGCCAGUGUCAAUAAAACAUCACAGAUAGACAGUGGCAUGAGCAAAGACCAGAUGUCCUUCAUCUUAUGGUCAAAGUCUGGCCCACUGCUGGCUGUCGGGACAGCUAAAGGAAAUCUGUUGAUCUACAAUCAGCAGACUUCUCGCAAAAUCCCUAUACUGGGUAAGCACACCAAGAAAAUCACCUGUGGGUGCUGGAGCUCUCAGAACCUUCUGGCUCUGGGAAGUGAUGACAACACUUUGAGCAUCAGCAAUCAUGAGGGGGACACCAUCAGACAGACCACGCUUCAUGGAGAGCCAGCUGAAAUUUACUUUUCAGUGAUGAAGACAGAUGAAAGGUCUUCGCAAGGGGAAAACACCGUGAGCAUGACUGUGGACAAGAAGAUACUGACACUUUUCAAUGUCAACGACCCUCAAAACCCAAUAGAGCUGACCUUUCAGCGGCGCUAUGGACAUAUUGUGUCCUACCGCUGGUACGGUGAUGGGUAUAUUCUCAUUGGCUUCUCCCAUGGAUAUUUUGUGGGCAUUUCCACACACAUCAGGGAGAUUGGAGGAGAGCUCUAUCAGGCUCAUAACCAUAAAGAUAGUCUGAACAGUGUGGCCAUCUCACCUGCAUUGAACAAGGCUGCUACUUGUGGGGAUAACAGCAUAAAGAUCUAUGAGCUGUCUGAUCUCAAAGAGAUCAGCAAUAUAGUUCAACUGGAUGAUGAGACCAAAGGUCUGGAUCAGAUGAGCUGGACAGAUGAUGGACAACUCUUGGCAGUUUCCACACAAAAAGGGACACUUCAUGUCUUCCUGACGAAGCUACCUAUCCUCGGGGACAGCUUUGGUACCCGACUGGCCUACCUCACCUCCCUGCUGGAAGUCACUGUCUCCAACCAAGUGGAAGGGGAAAGUCCUGUGGCCAUACAGGUUGAGGUUGAGCCCACAUUCAUUGCAGUGGGACCCUACCAUGUUGCUGUGGGAAUGAACAACAGAGCCUGGUUUUACGCCUUGGUAGAUCAAAAACCUGGUUUUAACAAGCUAAAGGACAUAGAGUAUUUGGGAACAAUAGUCAGCAUGCGCCUUAAUGCAGACUAUGCAGCAGCACUGUUUGAAGGAAAGGUGCAGCUACACAUGAUUGAAGGUAAAGACCAGGAGGAGAGGAAGCAGAUGAAGCUCUUCCCAGAUGAUGAGAGAAAAGGCCGGAUCCUUUGCCAUGCCCUCACCACUGACUUCCUCUACUACGGCACUGAUUUGGGUAAUGUGGUGUGUGUAUUGGUGGAGGACUGGGAAACAGUGAGCAGCUACAACCAUGCAGUCGGUGUGAGAAAGGUGUUCCCUGACAUUAAUGGGACCCGGCUGGUGUUCAUCGAUGAAAAGAAUGACGGCUUCCUUUUCUCACCUUCAAAUGCAACAGUCUCCUGCUUUGAGCUUCCCAACUUUUCUCCAACCAUCACAGGAGUGCUGUGGGACAACUGGCAUGCCGACAGAGGAGUGUUUGUGGCUUAUGACGAUGACAAGGUUUACACCUAUGCCUUGCAUAAAACUACAAUAUAUGGCCCCCAGGUGGUCUUGGUGGGGAGCACUGCACUCCUUUUUUCCCAGAGGCCUUUGCUCCUGCACAAUGGUGAGCUGACCUGUCAGAUGACAAGCGGCAAGACCAGUGAAGUGGCUCUGAGCACGCACUCGUUCAUCAAGCGCUCGACUGGCACAUCGACAGAUUCACCGGUAGAGCUCAGCAAGCAGCUCGCUCAGGCUCUCCAGCUUAAAAGGUUCAAUGAGGCAUGGAAUCUAUGCAAGUCUGCGGGCAGUGACACAGACUGGGCUGAGUUAGGCAAAGCUUGUCUGGUCCACAUGGAGGUGGAGCUGGCCAUCCAGGUCUACCGCAUGAGUGGGAAUGUGGGCAUGGUCCUGUCACUGCAGAACAUCCAGGGUAUAGAUGACAAGAAUUUACUGGCAGGACAUUUGGCCAUGUUUCUAGGAGACUACAACCUGGCCCAAGACCUUUAUCUGUCCUCAAGCUGCCCUGUUGCUGCUCUGGAGAUGAGAAGAGACCUGUUGCACUGGGACAGUGCUCUUAUGUUGGCCAAGAGGCUCGCAGAAGACCAGAUUCCCUUUAUCUCCAAAGAGUAUGCAGUCCAUCUGGAGUUUAUUGGGGAUUAUGUUAAUGCAUUGGCGCACUAUGAGAAGGGCAUGACACACAAUAAUAAAUUCCAGGAGCAUGAUGAGGCGUGCCAGGCAGGUGUAGCCAGGAUGUCCAUCAGGAUGGGUGACAUUAGGAGAGGAGCCGCUCAGGUUAUCCAGCACCCGAGCAGAGCGCUCAAGAAGGAAUGUGGUGCCAUCCUGGAGAGCAUGAAGCAAUUCUCUGAAGCUGCUCAGCUUUAUGAAAAAGGCCAGUUUUAUGACAAGGCUGCAUCCGUUUAUAUUCGCUGCAAGAACUGGGCGAAGGUGGGAGAGUUGCUCCCAAAUGUAUCCUCUCCCAAGAUUCACCUUCAGUAUGCAAAGGCUAAGGAGGCGGAUGGCAAGUACAAAGAUGCAGCUCAGGCUUAUGAGAGCGCAAAAGAUUGGGACAACGUGAUCCGCGUGCUGCUGGACCACCUCAACAAUCCAGAGGACGCCGUUCGCAUCGUCAGAGAGACGCAGAGCAUUGACGGAGCAAAGAUGGUGGCCAGGUUCUUCCUACGGUUGAAUGACUACGGCUCAGCCAUCCACUUCCUGGUUCUGUCUCAGUGCAACGAUGAAGCCUUCCAGCUUGCCCAGCAGCAUGGACAGAUGGAGGUCUAUGCAGACAUUAUUGGCCCAGAGGCUACACAGGAGGACUACCAGAGCAUCGCUCUGUACUUUGAGGGAGAGAAGAAACACCUGCAGGCUGGCAAGUUCUUUCAGAAGUGUGGGCAGUACAGCAGAGCCCUGAAGCACUUCCUGAAGUGCCCCAACACCGAAGACAACCUGGCAAUUGAAAUGGCUAUUGAGACUGUGGGCCAGGCCAAGGACAUCUCUUUGACCAAUCAGCUGAUAGAUUACCUAAUGGGAGAAAGCGAUGGUAUGCCCAAGGAUGCAAAGUACCUUUUCUACCUAUAUAUGGCUCUGCAGCAGUACAAGGAUGCUGCUCGCACUGCCAUCAUCAUUGCAAGAGAAGAUCAGUGCGCAGGGAACUACCGUAAUGCCCAUGAUGUGCUGUUCCGCAUGUACACGGAGCUGCAGACUCAGAAAAUUAAGAUUCCUUCUGAGAUGGCCACCAAUCUGAUGAUCCUCCACUCCUACCUGCUGGUUAAGAUCCACGUGAAGAGAGGAGACCACCUAAAGGGGGCACGGAUGCUCAUUCGUGUCAGCAACAACAUCAGCAAGUUUCCUGCACAUGUUGUUCCCAUUCUGACAUCAGCAGUAAUUGAAUGCCACCGAGCCGGACUGAAGAACUCAGCCUUCAGCUUUGCUGCCAUGUUAAUGAGGCCAGAGUACAGAAACGAGAUUGAUGCAAAGUACAGGAAGAAGAUUGAGGCAAUGGUUCGCCGUCCAGACACGUCAGAGCUAGAGGAAGAAACUACUCCAUGUCCCUUCUGUGGCUUCCAGCUGCCACAGAAUGAGCUGCUGUGCAUCUCCUGCAAGAACAACCUACCAUACUGCAUUGCCACGGGUCGCCACAUGCUGAAAGAAGACUGGUCCGUCUGUCCUCAUUGUGAAUUUCCUGCUCUCUACUCACAGUUUAUUCUGCUGCUGGAAACUGAGACUGUGUGCCCCAUGUGCUCCGUCAGUUUGAGUGGCGCAAAUGUGAGGAAGAUCUCUGAUUGUUCAGAGUACCUGCAGACCAAUGAUGUGGAUCAGGGAUGAAGACGGGCACCAACCAAACAUACCAAAUAAAUUAUGUAUAUUUACAUUAAGUUCUAUAUUUAGGUCUAAGUAAUGAAUCCUGUUUUAGUGGUGGGGGGUUGUUGAGCUUAUUUUGUUUACAUGCUGCCCCCUAAAGAAAACAAUGAUUAUUUGUAUCUUUCUGAUUAUCUGUUUUAUUUGUA